UCUUGAGCCGUGCCCAAAAAAAGAUCUGUAUAGAAGAAGCAUUGGAGGCGAUGGAGCUCGAGACUGUUCCCCCGUCUGCGCCGAUACCGACAAGUCGCAAGACCACCGAAAACAAGGCCCUUUCAGCCAACUCUGCCCCAGUAACACUGAGAAGAUGGACGCCGCGAAGAAGAGGGGCGUGUGGGAUGUGCAAGUUGAAGAAGGUGCGAUGCGACGGAGGCACUCCCUGUAUGAAUUGUCGCAGGAAUAAUCAAGAAUGCGAAUACACUCUUGCAAAGAAACGGCAGGCUUCGAAAAAGUCUGUAGGUAGCUCCACGAGUUCCACCACUGAAACUUCAAAUCUCGGGCAACCAUCGCCUGAAUCUAUGCUUCCUUCCCAUGCGAGUUCUGUUAGUUCGAAUGACACCGUUCAACUUGGCCCCCAUACACACACGUCUAGUUCAGACGACCACAGUGUGCAGAGCCUUGUGGACGGAUAUUCCAACGACUGCAGCUGGACCUUCGACCUGGACCCUGAAGGGACGUUGCUUAAAAACGUCAUUGAUUUCCAGAAGUUUUCGUGGCCUGUCCUCGACGUGAAUGAGGACUGCAAUUUCGACUUCGACAUACCUUUCGCCCCCGAUGGCCUCGACCCAUCAAACGAUCCGAUCCCAGUUUCAGCGCUCGACAACGAUUGUCCGCCAUAUCUGAGUCAGUUGUCUCAACCAAUGCAACUAAGUGAACCGCCAGGCGAUAUGAUCAAGAUGCUAGACCUUAAUGACAAACUCUCAACAAAGAGUUUCCUUGACCCGGUACCGAGCGUGAAUUUCUCUCUUAAUGCAAUUUUUUCGUGGCAACACACUUCGAAUCAGAGGUUGAACAGUACAGAGCAAGAAGACAUACAGAAAAUAUUCUCGAGUAUUAGUCCCGCGCACAACCAGCAAAUCCCGGUGAGCGCAGAUGGCGAGGACCAACCCAGUUGCGCUUCAUGGUAUUGGAACGAUGCAGCGCUCAUGGAAAGCUGCACAAGUGCUUGCUUCGAGCAGCCCGUGGGCGUCCCCAAUUUCUUGACUAGAGCAUAUUUUCACAAAUACAUGAAAGAGGCCCGAGGGCGACCUCAGGGAAAUCCUGUGUUGACUUCUUUGAUCGAUUCUGUAAUGGCGUUCGGAUUCCACGCCUUCUUGAAGAGCAGCCGGCGUUUCUUUGUGUCCCCCAACGAGAAGAAAGAAGCCGAUCGACAUGCCAGGGUGGCCUUGAGCUCGCACGCCAGCGUCUUACGCUCGCCUGACACGCUGCUAAAACUCCAAACACUUCUAGCUAUGACAACCAUUUCUGAGCAGGUGAAUGAAGCCGCACACUCUGAGCUGCUUGCAGGCGCAAUAAAAUGCGCCCGAACACUGAAUCUCGAGAACGAUAACAUGAUUCGAAGCAACUACAAAAGUUGCGAAGAACGCGAUCUGGCAAAGAGAGCCCUGUGGUUUUUGUACUCUAUUGAAGUCCCCCACUCGUUACGAAAGGGAAUCUCUUCAUCUUUAGAUCGCGACUGGAUCGACUACGCUCCCCCUCAAGCGACCAAAGACACCGACUGGUUUCCUAUCCAAUGUCUCUACGCUCUGGUCAUAGGCUCUGCGGCAUCAUUGUUGUACAGUCAAAGAGGCUUACGGCAGUCGGCUGCGGAGAGAGAACAAAAGCUAGAUCUAUCGUUCAAGCUUCUGGAGGACUGGAGAAGCCAUUUACCACCUGCACUCAAAGAGAUUCACAAAGCAGACAUCCAGGGAAUAAUGGGAGAUCACGAGAUCCGACAUAUGGCACUUUGCAUGUUCCGUCAGUAUCACGAAGCCAUCUUUCUCAUCUUUUUCCCGUGGAUAGGAGUUCAGUCAAAAGGCAAAGUAUCAGAAGAGGCGCGCAGGAAAGGUAUGGAGCUGUGUGUGAACUCUGCCCAAGUGGUGCUGGCGACGUCGAAUCAAGUUCUGUCCCUGGAAGUACUAGACAGUAAAUUCCUCGACCUGAUAGCCGUAUCCAUAUGCAUGACAUUUCUGGACGUGGCGAGCAGCAGUGGGACACAGAAGAGCAUCGCGUACUUGAGCAUGGGUUGCGGCAUCUUCGGUCGCCUCAACCUUGAAAACGAAGUGCCACUAUCGGAUGUACUAGAGUUGACGCGCAUUGCGCAGCAGAUCAAGGGAAGAUGA